UCCACAAGCACAAAAUCUGAGAGUGGACUUGAACAGACAUUACAGGGAGUUGAAGAGACGCAAUUUUACCUUCAAGAACAAAGCAGUUGAGCCAGAACUGGUGGACUUGCUGAAAAGGAAAGUCAGAAAUGCAGAUGCUGUGGAGCUGCAAAGGAGGAGUCCUGCAAUAUCUAAUCAUGGGGUUCAUUUGGAAGGCAGUUUCUGGACAGAUCCACUAUUCCAUUCCUGAAGAAAUGCAGAAAGGCUCUUUUGUGGGGAAUAUUGCAAAGGAACUAGGAAUGGAUGGAAAGCAUCUUUCAGAUCGUGAACUCAGGAUUCUUACCAGGUCAGGUAUGGUCCAGUAUUUUGCCUUGAAUUACAACAGUGGCCAUUUACAAACUUCUGAAAGAAUAGACAGAGAGGAAAUCUGUGGACAGUCAGUAAAAUGCAUCUUAAAUUUUCAGGUUAUUGUUGAGAGUAAAAGAAAACUUUAUAGUGUUGAAGUAGAAAUCACAGAUAUAAAUGAUAAUGCUCCUCACUUUCCUCCAGAAGAACAGGAACUGAAAAUCAAUGAAAUAUCUACAGAGGGCUCUCGGUUUCCUCUACCUGAAGCUCAAGAUCCAGAUCUGGGAAUAAAUUCUAUAAAGAGUUACCAACUCACAGGCAGUGACCAUUUUUCUCUAGAAGUACAAAUGGGAGAGAAUGGUGCCAGACAUGCAGAACUGGUGCUGGCAAAAUAUCUGGACAGGGAACAGCAAUCUGUUUAUGAACUGAUCCUCACAGCUACCGAUGGGGGGGAUCCAGUAAGAUCUGGCACUGCUCAAAUCCAAGUUAUUGUUUUAGAUACAAAUGACAAUGCACCAAUUUUUAUGCAACCUGUCUAUGAAGUAAGUACUGAAGAGAAUAUUCCUAAAGGGUCAACAGUCUGUAUAGUUAGAGCCACUGAUCUUGAUGAAGGAAUCAAUGGAGAAGUGAAAUAUUCGUUCAGAAAAAAUACAAAGAAAGACUCUCAAAUGUUCUUUUUAAAUUCAACUAGUGGUACAAUAACACUUAUGGGGAACUUGGACUUUGAAGUAUCAUCUUCAUAUGAGUUUGAGGUGCAGGCCGAGGACAUUGGAGGACUCUUUGACAGGGCAAAAGUCGAGAUCAUUGUUACAGAUCUGAAUGACAAUGCACCUGAAUUAACAGUUACGUUUCUCACUAAUUCCAUAUACGAGAACUCACCAGGUGGAACAGUUAUCGCUAUUUUAAAUGCAGAAGAUCAAGAUUCUGGAAUUAAUGGGGAAAUCACAUGCUCAGUACCCAGAAAUGUCCCUUUUACACUGAAAAAAUCCUUGAAUAAUUUUUAUAAUUUGAUAACAACUGGAGACCUUGACAGGGAACAGGUUUCAGACUACAAUAUCACAGUUACAGUUACUGAUCAUGGGACUCCUUCUCUUUCUGCAGCCACAGUAAUUGCACUUCACAUUUUAGACACAAAUGAUAAUCCACCUCUCUUUGAAGAAUCAGGUUAUACUUUCUACUUUGCUGAAAAUAACCACAGAGGAGCCUUGAUCUUUUAUUUAAAAGCAAAUGAUCUUGACUGGGCAGAUAACUCCAGAAUAAUAUAUUCCAUCAUUGGAGGGCAGAUGAGUGACUCUCUUCUCUCUUCCUAUCUCUCCAUUAAUUCUGAGACAGGAGCUGUCUAUGCUUUGCAAUCCUUGGAUUAUGAAGACUUUCAUGAGAUUCAGUUCCAGGUCAAAGCUCAGGAUGGAGGCUCCCCACCACUCAGCUCCAACGUCUCUGUGACUCUCUUCAUCCUCGAUCAGAAUGACAAUACUCCAGAAAUCCUGUAUCCUUCCCCUCCCACUGAUGGCUCCACUGGAGUGGAACUGGCCUCUCGCUCCUCUGAGCCAGGCUAUAUGGUCACUAAGGUGGUGGCCGUGGAUGCAGAUUCUGGCCAGAAUGCCUGGCUCUCCUACCAGCUGAUCAAGGCCACAGAGCCAGGGCUCUUCACUGUGGGACUCCAUACUGGAGAGAUCAGGACAGCCCGUUUCUUUCUGGAGAAGGAUGCCCUCAAACAAAGCCUGGUGGUUUUAGUGAAGGACAAUGGGCAGCCGCCUCUCUCCGCCUCAGUCACUGUCACUGUGGUGCUGGCUGACAGCAUCCCUGAAAGCCUCUCAGAUCUCAGCAGCAUCUCAGCUCCUGUGCAAUCUCAGUCCAGUCUCACCUUCUACCUUGUAGUUGCUGUGGCUUUUGUCUCCUGCUUGUUCUUCACCUUCCUCCUUGUGUUAUUGGCCCUUAGACUUCGCAGCUGGAAAAAAUCACAGUUGUUUGAGUCAGGAAGUGUGCAUUUCAAUGGUGUUCCCGUCUCACAGUUUGUGGGUAUUGAUGGAGUCCGAGCAUUUCUUCAGUCUUAUUGCCAGGAAGUUUCUCUUACUGCAGGAUCUAGGAAAAGUCACUUUACCCCCUCCAAAAGGGAGUAUUCCAGUACUUUGACCAAUCAACAGACUUCUGAGGUAAAGGAUCUUAUCCUAUCUGACGAGGAUUUGAACAGUGGUGAUCAAAUCAGAAUCCAGGUGAGCUAA